AUGUCUUCGAUGUGCUUCAGCAACGACUCGAACAGCACCGAACUCCAGCGACUGCCGCCGCACGCCCGCACUAUCUCAGGCUUGCUGCUGCUCACUACCGUGGUCGGCUUGCCCCUGAACGGCCUGGCCCUGCGGUACGUGUGCGGGGCCCGGCAACCGUCCCGCGCCCGCGCCCGCGCCCGCUCCCGCAGCCGGCCCCGCUUCGCCCUGUACGUCAUCAGCCUGGUAACGGCUGACUUCCUUUUCCUGUUGCUGCAGGCCCUACACAGCAUCUGCCGGCUGGCUGACAUCCCAGUUGGCGGCACGCUGCUGGUGAUCCGCUGCUUGAUAACGGCCUGCAACAGCAGCAGUGCCUUCCUGCUGGCCUGGCUGAGCGCCGAGAGGGCGCUUGCCCUCGCCUUUCCACACUGGUGGCGGCUAGGUCGCUCGCGGGCCCCAGCCCUCUUCGCCUGCCUCACCUCCUGGGUCCUGGGUCUGGGCAUGGGCGUCCUUUACGGGCUAGCGCGCUUCCACUCGGAUGGGGUGCCGCAAAGGGUCGGCAUCUGGCUGGACUUCAUCCUGGGCUUCUUCACUCCCAUGACCAUCUUCUCCGUGGCCAGCGCAUACGUGGGCUGCCGGGGACGCGCGGCGCUGCCUCGGGAGGCCUCACGCCUGCAGGCUGCCGUGAUCAUUCACGCCGCUGCCUUCCUGCCGUGCUGGGCACCCUACCAUGUCUUUGUCUUCACCUACUACCAGGCGCGCUGGGCCGCUAGACCGUUGUUCUGCUACAGGGCUUACCUGGCCGCCUACUACUCCGUCUGCCUGCUCGACGUCAAAAGUUGCCUAGUUCCAUUGGCCUACGUGCUACCCAGCCGAGAGGUGGGCGCUGGUCUCCGCCGCUCGCUAGCCAGCCUCUUUGAUCGCCGCUUCAGCGAAGACUCGGGGUUGCCCUCGCCCCCCGAAACACCGGGGCCGGCUUUGCUCCCUGACAGCCCGUUCCAGCCAGCCCCCAAGCUCAGCGGGACGGCAUCCGGUUGGUAG